UAGUGUUGUCCACUGAUUUGUCAUUUCCCGAUUCUCUGAGAGAUGGCUUCAUCCUCUUCGCCGCCGUCCGUAAACUGGGCGGAGCUUCCGGCGGAGUUAAUAUCUUUGAUUCUGAUCCGUCUCACCACGGUCGAGAUACUGAAUAACGCUCAGAAGGUAUGCAGAUCGUGGCGACUCGUCUGUAAACAGCCUUCCAUGUUUCGCAAAAUCGACAUGAGAAACAACGGGACCGUUGGUUACUUCAAGGAUAAGAUGUGUCGUCACGCCGUCGAUCUCAGCGAAGGCGGUUUGGUUGAAAUCAGCAUGGAACACUACGGGGACGAUCGUCUCUUAUCCUACAUAGCCGAAAGAUCAAGUAAUCUGAGACGCCUAAGGCUUGCAAUGACCCAUCCACUAACAUCCAAGGGAUUUGUCAAUGCAGUCAUGAAAUUCCCAUUACUUGAAGACCUCGAGAUUUUUCACGGCUAUCCAGGAUUUGAUUUGAAAACUAUAGGCCAGUCUUGCCCACUCCUGAAGACAUUGAAGCUAAACCGUCCUUUUUUAACUUCGCCGGUUAAAUAUGAUGAUGAAGCCCUAGCAAUUGCUGAAACCAUGCCCAACCUACGCCACCUCGAGCUUUUUGGGAACAGGCUAACCAACUCAGGCUUGAACGCCAUUCUUGACAACUGUCUUCACUUGGAACAUCUUGAUAUACGCCGCUGCUUCAACAUUCACCUUGUCCGGGAUCUCGAGAAACGCUGUUCUGAGAGGAUCAGAGAUUUCAAACGACCUGAUGACUCAACAGCAGAUUCCUCAUAUCAUGUCACUUCCGACACUGAUUCAUCUGAAGAAGACGACGAUUUUUGCUCAGAUGAUAGCGAUGACAAUGCGUACUACUUAUUGGAGUAAAGUCAACUAUCUGUUGCUAGUGGUAAUGAGUCCUCUGUCUUUAUUAUUAGGUUGAUGUUUUGAACGGACUUGUGUGUCCCUUGUUGCUUUUGUAAACUCUUUAAGAAUGAACUGAAUUUAUCAUGUAUUGUCUUACAAUGCAAGUUAUAAAAUUUAAGAAGUCAGAGGUCUUGAUCUC